UGUAUUUGUGUUUGUUUGUUCGUCUGUAAUGCUUUACUACACCUUUCAUCCGAUCGCCAUCAAACUUUGGGAAGUUGUUGAGAUUACUCCUGGGGAGGUUUCUGCAAAAACAAAAAUUUCAAAUUUGCAGGCAGGCGUCCUGGGAGGGUGCGAUUUUUCUCUAUCUCCGGUAUAUAAAAAAAAAAGUCUGAUGCGGUUCAACACUGUUCAAUCAAGUGCCAUAAAGCUUCGAGAAGUUGUUGAGAAUACUCUUCGAGAGGUUUCUACAAAAAAAGAAUUUCAGCGCGUGUAAUCAAUGCAUCCUUGUGUAGAAUUAUUUUAUAAAUGAAGUAAUGAGAACUCAGAAGUUAAUCAUUCUUUUCAUUUAUGCUGCAUUCUUUGUGAGCGUAUCAAUCUGCACUGCAGCAGGAAAAGAAGUAUGUCCAGGACGAUACUGUGGCCGCAUGCCUGGGGAAGACACAUGUGGUGCUUGUCCUCGAGGUUAUGCGCCUGACCAGUCUUCAGAAUGCCUUCGAUGUAACAGCAGUCCCACAUUUUAUGACUGGCUUUACCUUGGUUUUAUGGGACUGGUUUCUCUUGUUUUACAUUGGGCAUUUAUAGACAUCCUAUCUCGACCCAAAAAACGAGUUUUGCUGCUACAUUUAUCAGCCACUAUUGAAACAGUUCUGGCUGGCUUGUUGACACUUUUCCUGUCUGACCCAAAGGGCACUUUAGACAUACGUUCCUGCCCAGUUAAUCAUUUUAGUGAUUGGUACACAAUGUUGUUUAACCCCACACCUGAUUAUUACAAUACAAUUUACUGUACACAAGAGAUAGUUUAUCCUUUAUAUACUAUGGUUAUGAUUUAUUAUGUCUUUUCACUGGUAUUUAUGAUGCUUCUGCGCCCUAUUGUAGCCUACAAAUUGACAGGAUGUCAAGGAUCAAGAUCUAUUUAUGCUGCUUUGUACUUUCUGCCCAUUCUUAUUCUUGUUCACUCUGUACUUGCUGGUGUUAUCUAUUAUGCUUUCCCUUACAUAAUCGUCGUUGUGUCUGUUAUUACAAGUGCUUGUCAUUUAGCUACAGAAGAAAAUCAGAAAAUGAAGGAGCUAGUCAAACAGAAUGUGACCAACAUCAGAAAUCUGACAAUUCUUCUUGGCCAUUGGUUACUUCAUGCCUAUGGGAUCAUCGCCAUUACACAGUUACUGCAACCAACAUUCCAUGCACCUCUCAUUGCUCUUGUUCCUUUCCCAACUAUCUUCUAUAUUUUCACUGUAAGGUUUACUGAUCCAUCUCUUGUUUAUCCGUUUAAGACUUGUAAUUUACAGAAUGUAUAAUAUAUUAAGAUUUAUUAUAAACAAAAAUGUAAACUAUGAUAGUUGUCUUUAUAUAGCACCAUGCUCCAUCAUCCC